CUUCCUGGCUGAUAACCCGUUUAUAUAUCAGUCUUUACAUAACACCAACAUGGAGGAAACGCACCAAAAGCGAUCGUAUUUGGUUUACGCCAAGGGUCAGACGCCAGAAAGCCUGCAACUCGGCAGUCUCUGUAUUGACCCACCGAAUCCUGUCAAUGAUGUGCGAAAGAUAUACCAAUUCCCCGUGGAGGAACUGCUGCCAUGGACAAGCACUCAUUGUGCAGAAACUACCUGCGCCUUAAAUCUGACUGUCUCGCAUGAAUGGCUUGAGGGCGCGGGUCGCCCUGAUUUGGUCUCUCACGUCGCCGGGAAAGAAAAUGACAUCGAGGUUCGACUAGAAGGCCCGCAUGGCAGACAAGUGCAGAUUCAGAGACCGGAGGCGUUCCUCGAACAAAUUGUUUUACAGUCCGGUGAAGUAAAGCGUUGGCUCGCCACACAUCUGACUGUCUCGCGCACCAUGCACUAUCUCAGCCGCACGAUACUCGAGACUGACCGCCAUCCCCACAUAUGGUUGGUGACAGGUCUUCAGUACAUUACGAAUGCGAGCAUGAAGGCCGGGUGGUCGAGUUCCUCUCGUGCAUUGACGGGAAUUCCUGGACCAAUCUUACACCCCGCGGUGGCUGCACUGACUGGCCUAGUUGAUGCGAGCGACAAGGAACCCCCAAUAGUCUAUGAAAGCGAAGGAUCGACGAGUGACGCAACAAAGGAGAAAAUUUGGGCGGCACAAUUUAUGCGGCUAAAGCUGAAGUUCCGGCCCUGCGACAGCAGUAAGGUGAAGCUUCCCGAUGAAAUCCAACUCUAUAGAUUCGUCCAGCUGGGCGGGAUGGGCUUUGAGGGCCACGAGCAUGUUCCGAGCCAAGAGUUCGCACAAAUCGAAGGUCUAGUGGCUGAAGAUGGAGAUGUUGAACAAAGUGAAGACGGAACAUUUCUCGGCAUGGAAUGCGAAGAUCAAAUCCUCUAUGAAGAACUAUUAGACCAAGUGGAGAGUCGGAAAGCGAAAUAGUGGAACUAAAUAGCAACGUGG